AUGAACAAAGUCGAUGGCUGGGGAUCUUUGGAGGCCGAGGGAAAAAUAUUCAUAAUGACGAAGCCUCAACACGACGCUACCUUCUCACGCAUGAACAAAAUCGAUGGCUGGGGAUCUUUGGAGGCCGAGGGAAAAAUAUUCAUAAUGAUGAAGCCUCAACACGACGCUACCUUCUCACGCAUGAACAAAAUCGAUGGCUGGGGAUCAUUGGAGGCCGAGGGAAAAAUAUUCAUAAUGAUGAAGCCUCAACACGACGCUACCUUCUCACGCAUGAACAAAAUCGAUGGCUGGGGAUCUUUGGAGGCCGGGGGAAAAAUAUUCAUAACGAUGAAGCCUCAACACGACCCCCUUCCCCUCACGCAUCGCCCACAAAAUCGAUGA